AUUGAUGAUUAGCAACAGCUUAUUAAAGUCAUAAUGGGGCGAUAACACUCUCUAUCAUUGUGUGCAUUCGCUAUUUGACACUUACCGGACGCCUUAUUGGAAUUCUUGUUGGAAUAUACGAGUACAUAACGGUCUAUGAGGGGUGAUUUCGUUUUGGUGCCACUGUUUCUUUUGAGAGCUCGAUAGAUUAUAUUAAGAAAAAUGGCCGAGGACGAAUUUGACGAGAAGAUGACCAAUGCCGACUAUCAGGCGCUUCUCUAUUCAAGAGAUCGUCUGUCUCUACUUCAGAAGGGACUUACGGCAGUGCUGAACGCCAUGCAGGGUGUACUAGCAGUACAGGAUGAUCUGGCAUCAGGAGGGAUGAUGUCCAUCAAAUCAGCAGAACAUGCCAAACAACUUGAACAAAUCGAUAAAGAUUGCUGGGAAAGGAUACGGGUUGAGCUUCUGGAUGUCUACAAAUCUUUCAAGAAGAGGGCAUCGAUACCUGGGACUGAAAUCAAUGGUAAUGAUGUCAAGGACAAGUCUGCCGCGGAGUGUCUCCUCGGACUCACAGAGCGGGUAGACGAUGUCAAGAAGGGUCUUGACACGAGGUUAAAGGUGACUGCCAAAAGAGAAGAAAAUAUGAUAAAAGAAGUCAGGUUAUUACAAGAACAACUUUAUGAUGAGAGGCAGCAGAGUGUGGAACUGAAAUGGAAAGCCCAGGAAGCGACGGAAAACGCGGGAAAAUACACCGUACCCGUCCUACAACAGCAGCUCAAAGAAAAACAAGAAGAAAUCUCACAAUUAAAACGAAAUAGUACCGUCCAACUGUGGGAUAAAGAGAAGGCCAAAUUAAUCGAAGGUUACAAGACGCGAGAAGAGAAACUCACCAAGGAAUUAGCUGACACUCGAAAGAGAUUUGAAGAUAUGAAGGAGAAACUGACAGAAAAAUUAAGAGAAACAGAAGAGAAGCUGAAAAUGCAGAAGAUGAAAGAUGCCCUUGACAAGAAAAUCAUCAACAGAAACGUUUCCAAAUCUAUGGAAUCAAUUAACUCGUCUUCAUCUGAGAGGAAUCGCCGUGACAAUGUAGCAGGAGACUUGGAGUUAGAGAUCGAAGGAUUGAAAAGGAAAAUAUACUCGAAAGAGAAGGACAUCGCACGGCUUGAAGAAGAGAUCAUCAAUCAACAAAGAUUAGCAGUCGGUUGCUUUAAAGGAAUUCAGAAAGAUUUCAAAAUCUUAUGCACACGCCAAGAACAGAACAAGUAUAAGAAGGUUGAUUCGAAGCGAUUUAGGAAGAUUCUGAAUGCCAUCUUCGAUGGAGCUAAGAGGGGUCAGUUAGACAUUACGAAGGCCGAUCUACCACUCCAGUACAUCGCAUUACCAGAGGAUCUUAUUGGUCAUCCUAUUAAGAGGAGCUCUGGAAAGUCUAUUCUGCUCUCAAAACAGGACAUCCGACAUCACCUGACCCCCGUCGGCAACGAGGGACCCUCGCCGCCGUCGUCCCCCGACGCGAGCCCGUCAUCGAGCCCGAGAACGUCGAAGAAGAAAGUAGCGAACGGUGAGCGGAAGCUGCAGCCGAUCGAAGGUUCAGAGGAUAACGAGAAGGAGGAGGCGAAGGAUGUGAUGGUAGAGGAUCCGGGAAUGGCAUUCAGGAAAGCAACAAAUGUCAGGAAAAGGAGGGAGUCGAGGGCGUCGUUGACAUUUCAACAUCUUCCCCAUCCAGACCUCGUUGAUAUUAGCAAUGCUCAUCUGGACAUUGAAGUUGCUUUAAAACAAUUCCCGGAAUUAACAGAAACACAGAUUAAGGAUCAUUACGAUCAGUUCAGACGGUACGAUACUAGUGGCGAUCUAUUACUAGACUUCACGGAAGUGGUUAGAGCGAUUCAAUCGACAGUUGGAAACUUUUAUUCUCCAGCCCAAGUCAAGGAAGCAAUGAAUGAGAUCGAUAGCGAUAAAAACGAUACUGUUGAUUUCUACGAGUAUCUUACUAUCGCGCUCAUGGUCACGAACAAACGAGGGAGAUCCGAAGUUUUCCGAAGUGGUAUUGUUAAACAUGGCGGACAAUCCGUGUCAAAAUUGUGCGCCAUCCAGUGAUGUUAUUAUUUUCUUCAUUUAUUUGCUUGAUUAGAAAGUUAGAAAGAAUGUUAUUUAUUUAAGGAAAUAUUGAUGGCAUUUGAAAAAAUAGAAAAUAUCAAAUUAAAGGAACGAUAUGAAUAACAAAGACAUAACUGGCUGAAUUAGAGAGAGUUUCAUCUAUCAUCUAUACAUUUUUAAAGAGUUUACAUAUGACUUUAUUAUAUGAAAAUAAAAUAGUGAAAACAAGUAUGCACAAUCUAGUUUCUAAAAAUGAUAAGAGGGGUAGCAAAUGAAAAUAAAAAGGGGCGCCUUCUUUGUCAAAUGUCAAUGUUUGUUCACCAAUAUUUCUCCAAAUUUACUUGAAUGAUAUCGAUGAAAAACGUACAUAAAGAAAUAAGAUGGACGAAUUCAGUAAUCAUGACUUUAAUCAGUAUUAGACGAAUUAGACCAAAGACGUACUCAUUGAGAUUAUAUGUCUCGUGCCUUUUCUAAUUGUCGCUUAACCUUUAAUCGUAAGAGGUCCGGUUUACAUAGUAUCAUUAACCAGCUCAUGCAGGCCCAUGGUUUGGCCGGGUAUUCAACUUUUUAUGGUUUUCAUCCCUUAUGAAUUCGGGGCAUGAAGACUAUUUGAUUUAAGUCCUAGUAUCUAUGCGAUCAGAUGUCUGAAGUUAGUGAAGUGUAGUAGUUCUGAAUCCUUUCGAAGUCCAUUUAUUUAUCAAAGUUAAACGUUUAACCAUUUGAAAUUCUGUGUACACUGUUAAAAAAUGAUUUAAACAACGCUGUUUACAAUGUGAAUCGCACCGUACUAGUUUAAACAUUUUAAACAAGUGUUUAAAAUCUUAUACAACAAUAUUUAAAUUCAAAUAUUUAAUUAUCAAUAAUUCAAGCAUGGUUGCUUAAGAUUUUAAACACUUGUUUAAACUGUUUAAACAACUACUGUGCGAUUCACAUAAUAAACAGCGUUGUUUAAAUUAUUUUUUACAUUGUAAGCAAAAAAAAGCCAUAAAAAUUAAUGAUAUCCUACUAAUCUAAAAAUCGUAAGGUAUCAAAACCUUUUAAGUAGGCCCAAUAGCUCUAACUAGGGGAAUACAUUUUAUCACCUCACACCAUUUGAUUUCAGUUAUGUAAGUAUCAAAUUGUCAUAUAUAUAUUAAUAUUGCAUCAUCACCUUGAAUUUUAUACAUGCAUGUUAUAAUUUCGAUUUUGUUAUCAAAACUUUAUUAAGGUUUUGCUAUCGGUAGUAUUUAUAUCAGGAAUGUAUUUAUCUCUACAUUUUGUAUUGAUAUAAUCUAUUUAGGCCUUUAUCUCAGCAUAUUCAAAGCGUAUCCAUUUGUAUUGGUAUGUUUCAGUAAAAUGUUCAGUCAUUUUUGUAAAUAGUAUUGAUCGGUGUACAGUUUAUAGAAUAUGUGUAAAUAAAGUAUAAUUGUAUGUUAGAAGCAGAUAAAUUA